AUGACGGUCUCGACACUGCUGGCCCUGGGGCUUAUCGCUUCCACGCACAUGGUAGCUGCUCUCGCUCCUGGCGAUGCAGAAGCUAUGUAUGAUGGAUUCAACAACGCCCUUCUAGUGUCCAGCGGCAGCGCUGUCUUCUACAAGAAAGCAUUGGAUAGCGAGGACCCAGAUGGAACAUGGUCAGCGUCACUCAACAUCCUCGGCGCCGAGGAUGCCUUUGAGCGGACUGGCGACCAAGAUAAACAGGCUCUUGUGAACAGUCUAUUAACAACCUGGCUGAAUCAAACUCCACCACCGUGGAGCUGGGAUGGAUGGAAUGACGAUAUCGGCUGGUUCACAUUGGCGCUAAUUCGGGGCUACCAAAUGACCGGUAAUUCCACUUUUCUCGAUGAAGCAAAAUAUGGGUUUGAUUACGCCUUUGGUCGGGGCUGGGACACGAAGUACAACGGCGGAGGCAUUUGGGAGCAGAAUCCGGAGUACCUUACGUCCUCAGAUGGCCCCCCAAACAAGCAGGCUUUAUCGAAUGAUAGUCUUGGCAAGGUUGCUUGUAUGAUUUAUCAAAGCACUCAUGAUUCAGACUAUCUAGAUAAGUGUCAGCUGAUAUACAAUUGGGUUGUGUCCAAUUUGUAUGAAUCUAGUACUGGACAAAUAAAUGGUGUAAUCAACGAGACUGGUUUCGUCACUCCGGACAGUACAGCAGCCUAUAAUCAAGGCACAUUCCUAGACUAUUCGAACUUGCUCUACGAGAUCACCGGUAAUAAUACUAUAUACGAUAUUGCACAGAACGCGCUUGAUUAUGCAAUGAAUAACCUGACCGUGAACGGCAUCUUCAGCAAUAAUGCAGGCUAUCUGAACACCUGGGCAGAUGAGGCGGCGCGCGGUGUCGGCCAUUUCGUGCGGGAUCAGCGGCUUUGGGACAAAUAUUACGCAUGGAUGGUGAAAAAUGCUGAUGCUAUUCUCGCAAACCGACGGACUGAUCUAAAUAUCACCUGGAACGGAUGGGAUACACCCACAUCAGAUGAUAAUACAUUAUCAGCAAACAAAUUCGUUAGUGCUAUGGCAUGGCUUCAAUUCACACCUCCCACCCAGCCGAGCGACAAGCCUGGAGGCGUCCAUGUUAUUACCAAUAACCUAACGGGUAUGGCAAUCGACAGCGCUGGCACCUUUGGAAACAACAACCCCGUGAUCCAAUGGGGGCUGAAUAACGGACUGAACCAGCGUUGGCAGCUCACGCAAAAUUCGGAUGAGUCUUGGAAUAUCAUCAGCCUUAGUACCUGGCAGGCGCUGGACUGCGGCGCAAGCGAUACAAAUGGCGCUGAGGCGAUUCAGUGGCAAUCCACCCGCGAUUCCAACCAGCGCUGGAUAAUUAAUGAGCUAAGUGACGGGACUUAUAGUAUCGAGAGCCAGGCCACUGGGAAGGCCUUGGAUGGCGGCUCGAGCACGACCAACGGUGAUGCAUUGAUUCAAUGGGGUUGGAACGGGGGCUCUCAACAGCGCUGGGUUCUUCACUGA